CCCUCCAAGGGACAGCCCCUGGGCACAGGGGAGGGCAGCACUGGGAUCGCUGGGAUCACUGGGCUCCAGCUCACCCCUCAUGUGUGCCAGCCCCCGGCCAGCACUGUGCCCGAGGAAGGGGUGUCUCUCCUCUUGUGAAUCCAGCAGUUGCUCUCCUCUGCAGAGCAAAACCAGGAGCAUUUCUUUUUCCUGGGAACUUUGUGAUCUGACUUGCUUCUGCUCCUCCCCAGCCCAUUGCUUGCGCUGAGGCUGCUGGCACAUAAAAUCCAGUCCCCUCAGGAGAGGGAAGCUCUCCAUGCACUCACAGUAAGUACUUCCAUCCACACUUGGGAACAGAAUUUGGUGGGUAGAACAGCAUAGCAGACAGUACAGCUCUCUCUUCUCUUAGAUGUCUCUCCUUUUCUGUUUUUCUUGUAUGUCUCUCCCUUUUAACUUUCCCUUGUGUAAGGAAUACAGAAACCAGGGCAGAGCAGAGGGAGUAGCUGCUGUUGUUCCUCCCCACGUCACUGCUGUAGUGUUUCUGUGGUAUGCAGCUCUGUGUGACUUGUGUCCCACCACAGGGCAGUGGCCUGGAAGUUGUUAGUGAUAGGUAGAACAGAGCAGACAGUCUUAAACAUGCUGCUGUAGAAAGUUGGUGAAGGAAAAAUACGUGUCCUUGCUGCACAAUUUUCUCAGUGUCUUGUAUUCGUGAAUGCAGUGCCAGAAAGUUCUUAGAUUUAGGAUUAUAAUGGCAAAGUUUUUGAAAGCUCCCCAAGCCUGGUUUGUACAGUUCCUGUUGGUAACAUUUUGUUUUCUGCAGGUGCUGGAGACCUGUGUGAACAACUGUGGUGACAGAUUUCACGGUGAAAUAGCAAAAUUCAGGUUUCUGAAUGAGCUGAUUAAAGUGCUUUCCCCAAAGUACUAUGGAACUUGGUCUUCAGAAAAAGUCAAGUUGAGGGUCACAGAAGUGAUAUUCAGUUGGACAGUCUGGUUUCCUCAGGAAGUCAAAAUCCGGGAUGCUUAUCAGAUGCUGAAGAAACAAGGGAUUGUUAAAGAAGAUCCUAAACUACCAGAAGACAAAAUUUUACCCCCCCCUUCUCCAAGACCUCAGAAUUCUAUUUUUGACACAGAUGAAGAGAAAUCCAAGCUCCUGGCCAGGCUUCUGAAGAGCAGCCACCCCGAGGACCUGCAGGCAGCCAACCACCUGAUCCAGAGUGUGGUUAGAGAGGAACAAGAAAGGUCAGCUCAGGUGUCCCGACGAGUGAAGGCCAUCAGCGAGGUUUCUGAGAAUGUCAAACAAAUGGAUGAGUUACUGGAGAACUACAGAAGACAAGAAUUAUCCCCAGCUGACCAGGAGACCCUACAGACUCUGUUCCAGCGCUGUGAGAAGCUCAGGCCGCUGCUGUUCCGCCUGGCCAGCGAGGCGGUGGCUGACGAUGAGGUUCUGGCUGAGAUCCUGCAGGCCAGUGACGAGCUCACGCGGGCGCUCGGGCAGUACAGGCAGGCUGUGUCCCUCGGGCAGUGCAGGGAGGCUGUGUCCCGCCAGGAGAACGGCGAUGGAGAGGGUUCAUCCUCCAGCUCUGCCCACGUGCCAGUGUGCCGACCAGCCCCGCGGCGCAUGAAGAGCUACACCCUGAUGGACUUCUCCGAGCUGGAGGCCACAGCCCAGCCUCCCUCAGAGCCCUUCGCAGACACACCCUCGGCCUCCCGCCAUGGCAGCACAACCUCCACGUGCCUGCUCGAGGAGGAGUUACAGGCCUUAGGUUUCAGCAGUGACGGCCAGCACUCCGUAAUGGCUCUUUUCCUCACGAUCUGCCAUCUCCUUCUUCUUUUUUGUGCCUGGCAGGAGGAGUGUGAACUUCUCACAGCCUUCCCCUGUAGCUGACCCCACUUUACAGGACCCUGCUGGAGAGCUCUGUCAUACACACCUUUCCUGCCACUUUCUGGGCCCAUUUGCCCUCUUCCCCCCUACUUUUUGGAUUAAAAAAAAAAGUGAAUCCACA